CGAAGAGGGCACAGAAAGCCCAUGCAUUCUAUAGAAGAACUACAAGCAGUUGUCUCCGAGUAAUCGAUCACCAUGGAUCACAGCGGCCAUGGCGAUAUGGACAUGGGUCACGACCAGUGUAGCAUGAACAUGCUAUUUACAUGGUCAACGAAGAACCUGUGCCUGGUCUUCCGCCAGUGGCGCGUUACCGGUCCCGUCUCAUUGCUCUUUUCUCUUGUCGGUGUCAUACUCCUGACUGCGGGAUAUGAAGCCGUCAGGGAGUUGACGAGAAGAUACGAGGGUGUAUGCGGGAGAGGCGUUAAAGGGGCUAUUCCGGCCCCGGGGUCUGAAGAAGCAUAUGGCCCGACAGAAAAUCAUCAUCGCGAUGAUGAAUCAAGCUCACUCCUUUUUCCAGCAAGGAAUGUUAACACCAGUGAACCCGUCGGGCGGAGGAGGAAAAUUGUCAUUGCCUCGCUCUAUGGCGUGCAGGUCUUUUACAGCUUCUUCAUCAUGCUCCUUUUUAUGACAUAUAAUGGCUGGGUCAUGAUCUCCGUUGGAAUCGGCGCUUUUUUGGGUUAUCUAACCUUUGGCUCGUCCUCGGCAGCAAAGUCCGCGUCGUGUCACUGAUCUACGCUUACUGGCUUUUCUAGAUAUUGACAAAGGAGAAAUGACGUUCGUUUGACAUGCUGGCAAUGUAAACAUAAAGCUGUGGGUGUAUUGAGUGUGCAUGUUCUCGCUGGAUGAGAUCGAGUAUCUGACGGAAGCUGUAUCUAUAAUACUUUUUGAAUCCUCAAAAUUUGAGGGCUUUUCACUAUCAUGGAACUUCAACAUCACUUCCCUCGUCGCCAAAACCAAAACUGAAAGCUCCAGCUGACGCUUCUGUCGCAUCAUCCUCAUUUCCAUGGACGAUCUCGUCCCAUUUUCUCUUCUUUUUGCCCUCCACUUCCUUCAUCGCUUUCUCUAGCAAAUCGGGAUGUGUUUCCCGCAUCUUCUCGACAAACAUUCCAUACGGAUCUAGCACAUCCUUUCUGAACCCAGACACCUGGUCAGCCUUGUACUUCAAAAACUCAAGCGCCGCGCCGAGAUGCUUCCGCGGAACGAAAUUCUGCGUUAUGGCGAUGCAUGGGUUUAGAUUAACCACCAAAUGCCACCAUCCAGAAGGCACAUGGAGGACCUCUCCUUCACCGCAGAUUCCCUCUACACAUCCGUGCACCUUGCGCGCAGCGGCAUGGAAGUUCAGCAACCAUUCCGCGAUGCUGAGCGGCGAGGUGACUUCGCUCUGGUCGGCGGAGACAUACACACCGGGCGGGGGCGGUAGAGAAGAUGAGCUGGGAAACAUGAUCCAGUAUUUCGACCCGCUGAGCACCGCGUUCCACGCACUUGUCGCGUUGGGGUCCUUGUGGAAGGUACUCCCGCUUCUUUCAGGGCCGACGAUCAGCCACUCCUUGUCAGGGCGUUGAGCACCCAGAACCGCGAAUAGGUCUUCACCAAAGCAUGCAGGAGGUUGGAAUGCUGCACUUUCGCCAUGCGUAGGAAGGCCCAUCUUUUGCACAAAGCUGCGAUCGAAGAGGUACAGCGGGCUUUCGUCGGAGUUGUUGUUCAUGUAGUCCACGUAUGUUCUUAGCGGCCAAUCCACAGCCUCCGCGCGGAAAAGCACAUCGCCAUAUUGCUUAAGGAGCGUCUCGAUGGACCAGUUCUUAUAUGCUGGCCAGCUC